GGGCAGCAGCGGCGGCCCGGCGAGGUGCAAAGGGCAGCAGCGGCGGCGGCGGUGGGACUGCAUCCUGGGCAGCAUGGGCAGCCCGUGCGAGCGAGGCGUGCGCGGGACGCUCACCACCGUGGGAGCCUUCACGGCCUUCAGCCUCAUGACCAUCGCUGUGGGCACGGACUACUGGCUGUACGCGCGGGGCACCUGCCGCUCGCGACCCCACGACGACAACGAGACGGCGGCGCGCCGGGCCGAGGAAGUGCGCACCCACUCGGGCCUGUGGAGGACCUGCUGCCUGGAGGGUUCGAACGUGGGCGUGUGCAGGAAGAUUGAUCACUUCCCGGAGGAGAACGACUACGACAAUAAGGACAUGGCCGAGUACCUCCUGCGCAUGAUGCGCUCCUCGAGCGCCUUCCCCAUCCUGAGCGUGACGCUGCUUCUGUGCGGCGGGCUAUGCGUGGCGGGCAGCGAGUUCUACCGCUCGAAGCACAACCUCAUCCUGGGCGCGGGCAUCUCGUUCGUGGCGGCGGGCCUCGCCAACAUCAUCGGCAUCAUCGUCUACAUCUCGAGCAACUCGGGCGACCCGGGCAAGGGCGACCCCAAGAAGAGCAGCUACUCGUACGGCUGGUCCUUCUACUUCGGCGCCCUCUCCUUCAUCGUCGCCGAGACCAUCGGCGUGCUGAUCGUGCACACCUACGUGGACACCCUCCGCCAGGCGCGCAGCGCCAGCCGCCCGGCGUUCCUCGCCAAGCGCGCCGCCGCCCUGGCUCGCCUGCCCAGCCACCGCUUCCGCCAGCGGCGGCGCUCGUCCGCGUCGAGCGCCGCCUCGGCGCUCGCGCUGCCGCCCUUCGCGGCGCCCAAGCUGCCGGGGGGCAUCUCGCUCUACACGCUCACGGGCGACGCGGCGGCAGCGGCGGCGGCGGCGGCGGCGGCGGCCCCGCCGCACGAAACGCCCGGGAGCGGCGUCGGAGGCAGCUUCGACUGUGAACGCGACGCGACCGGGGCCGUGUUUGGCUCCGGCAGCUGCUUUCCGCUGGAGCUCAAAGAGUCGCUGUUUGGGACGGCGGGGAACAGGAGGACGACGCCCGUGUGAGACUGGGCGGUGUCUCCGCGCGCGCGUGCGUCCGCGUGUUCUCUGCUCGGUCUGCCCAUCUGUCUGUUUAAUCGACCAAAUGUCUGUCCCUUUGUCUGUCUGUCUGUCUCUCUGUCCGGCUGUCCGUUCACGAAUUUUUUUUGUGUGCCCGACAGUCUGUUCACGCGUCUGCAAUCACCGGCCGUCUGUCCAGCUCGCUCACCCGAAUGUCUCGUCCCCGUGGGCGCGCGUGUGGGUGGGUGUCUCAAUGUCGAUUGCCUCUUCCGAGCAAUCUGUCUCUGUGCCUCUCUCCGGGGGUUUUGUCUCCCACUCGCGGGGCCUGCGUCUCUGCGCGUCUGUCCGGGCCACCGCCCCGCCGUGCUUUAGCCUCGCGCGCGCCGUGCCUGUGCGUGCGUGCGCGCGCGCGCCUCUCGGCUGCCCUUGGCCCACCGCUGCUGAGUGAGUGCGCGUGUUGCCCUCCGCGAGACUCUCCACCCGUUGCCCUUUGGCGGGCGUCAGUGGCUGUCACGUGGCGCCGCAUCGACAGCGAAGACCAGAGACAAAUGAUCCGCUGUGCGAUUGGAGCUCAGCGUGACAAUGGUUUCAGCAGUGAAGUCAUAAUAAGGAUUACACCCUAGCCAUACCCCCAUUACCUAUAGCCUACCCCUAAACUCUAAUCCCUAGACCUAACACUACCUGUAACCGAAUCUGUAACCAUGAAAGCUUCCUCUGACCAUAACGUCACCCAUAUCCCUAGUUAUAACCCAAUCCCUAACCCUACCCCUGACUAUAUCCUUUACACUACGCCAAUCCCAAAAUCCAACUGCCCUCCAAACCUACCCGGUCUCCAACCGAUGAUCCCUCGCCCUCUGCGCCCGACUUCGCUCCAAGCUCAGCCCUGGCACAGGCCACGUGAUGACACCGCCACCACAAUCACCACCGCCACCACCGCCACCACAAUUACUACCGCCACCAACGCCACCACAAUCGCCACCACCACAACCAUCACCGCCACCACAACAACCACCACCGCCACC